AUGGAUCGACAGAUUUUGCCUCCAUCCGAUGAAAAUGUUGUGAGUACAAUGGUUUUUAAAUUCAUUUAAAAUCGAAAAAAAGUAUGAAAAUCUGAAUUUUUCAGGCGCCCAUGAAUGUACGCAAAAGAACAAAAAGAGAAGCUGGAAUCGAUACCGAACCCCCAGUUUUAAAUCGAAAAGUGAGUUUUACUCAUUCACGAGAAUAUCAUUUGAUAGUGAACUUUCAAACUUACAUUAGUGAAAUGUAAUUUAUUCAUUUUUUUCAGGCAUCAACAAAUAAUAGAAGAAGAAAAAACAAAGUAAGAAGGACAAAAACUGAUAGAAAAGGAACCAGCAGUGCAAAAAAAUCCACAUCAGCCUCUAGAAAUUUGUUUCUCUCAAGAUUAUCCGAAUCUGCACAAAAUCCCGUUGUAAAAAAAAGAAGAAUUGAAGCCAAUUUGGAAACCACAACCACUUUUGAUAAUGAUACUGAUAGAUUGAUGAAUGACAACAUCAACAAAUUCGGAAGAUUAACCCUUCAAAGUGCACCGAAAAAACAGGUCAGUUCAUUUUUUAAAAUUUUGAAAAAUCAGUAGUUGAAUGGGUUGUUUUUCUACGUGGCCAUAUUAGCUAACUAGCUUCGACAAAGGUGCUUUCAAACAUUCCGUACUUAAUGUCAGACAAAUUUUUUGUUACGCGAAUAUUGAUCUUUUUGUGAAAAACACAUCCCGUUAAAACCUCAAUUCUAGUGAAGAAAGUUUGCUCUAUCGCACACACAUUUUUUUGUGUGUACUUCUCUCGGAGUUCACACACAAACGUUUAUUGAUUAUUUCAUGUAUCCCCAAUCAAGUGUAGACUCAUUUAUAGUUAGUUAAAAAUAGUCACGUACAAUUGCGGACUUUCUCACAAAGAAGGACAACUUCUUUAAAAAUAAAAACAUUUGUCUGUUUAUACCUAGAACAAAGAAUUCAAAAAAUAUUAAAUUCUCAUGAAUUUUUCGAUUGAGUUUUUAACUUAUUUUUGUGGGAUAAACACUCGUGCUAUUUUCUAUUUUUCAGUCAAACGAAGAAGAAAAAAUGGAUGAUAAAUAA